UCCCCACACACACAAACGCGGAUUUUUCGCUGCACAAAAUUGUAUAUUUAACAUAAAAUAAAGGCAAUUAAUACAAACAAUCGGACGGACAAGACACCUCGAGGUGCCGGCCACCGCGCUGAAUACGAAAUUAUUGCAAAUCCGCGGAGUGUCCGACUGAAAUCACGUGAUGAAAAUCCGCCUGAAAAGUCGCCCUCGCCUCGUCCGUGAAAUGUGAAGCAGUUUUUCCAUCCAAAUUGGGCGGAGUGGAGUGAAGUUCUAGUUCUAGUUUCGGUGGGGCAGUUCCCCGUUUGCAAAGUCUUGCAAAACAUAUGAAAAGCAAGGCAGAGAUGCCCUCGCAAAAUGUGAGCAUCGACGGGCGCGUGUCCUACGCGAUAAAUGCGCAAUUCGGUGCCAAUUAGUGGCUGUCUGCGGUCCUUCUACGCUUCCUGCUCCUUCUCCUGUUGCGGCAACUCCUGCUUUGCUGCUCCUUUAGCAAAAAACUGUGAAAUCGGCGGGCCCAGACUUUGAACUUGCGCCGUGCUCUGUUUAUGUCCAUGUGUGUGCGUGUGCGUGCGAUCGUGGAAAACAAAAGAAAAGCCCCAAAGCAGCAAACAAUAACAAUAGGCACACAGCGCUCGAGUCGCACUAUCGAUGCGCGCACAAAACAUGUUAUCUGUGCACCGGCUAAUCUUCCUGGGCGCUCUGCUCGCCGCCGCCGCCGUCGUCGCCUCCCCCGUCGAAUGGGUGCUGGACACUAGUCAGAAUGGCUCCCGGGUCGCCUCCGAACCCGCCGUUGCAUCUCGCGCCAAUGGGAAAUGGCAACCGACCAGGGCGCCAGCAGUGAGGGCGGCGAACGGAACAGCUGGCCAGGCUUAUCAGUCGCCAUCGUCGUCGCUGUCCGCUGAUAACAGGAGCCAUGACAACAACAACAAUAGUAACAAUAAUAGCAGUGCUGUGGCCAUGCUGCUGCCGCAAGACGGUGACGGACCUGGAGCGCUUGCUACGGCCGCUGCCACCCAGCUGCCCGUCUACGUUGCACAGCCCAGCGCCAAGAAGCCAGAAGUACUUAUCAAGUGCCACUGCGACAUAUGCAAGGAAACAAACUACAUAUGCGAGACGGAUGGCUUCUGCUUCACGUCGGUGGAGAAGAAUCCGGAUGACACCAUACUCUUCAGUUUCAGAUGCCUAAACAUGUCGCAGAGCUUUCCGCCGGGCCGCUUCAUCUGGUGCAAUGAGGGCAGGAAUGGCGGACCCACCGCCCGUCCGGUGGCCCGGCGUGGCGGACACGCCUGCUGCAACGACCGCGACUUCUGCAAUCGGGAUCUGCGGCCCCUGAUCAAGAGGAUCAAGCCGACCAGGCUGAAUCCCUCGCACAUCGAGUUCGAGGACGGGCGGCUGGCGUCGGUGACUGUCGAAGAUCUUAUGCCCUCCCGCCACCUGAGCAGCUGGGAGCUGGUGGGCAUCAUCGUGGGCGUCACACUCUUCAUCUGUGUCUCGGGCACUAGCUCCUGGUACUAUUGUCAACGCCGCAAGCGCUUGGCCAGCGGCAGGCCGUUUGCCAAGGAGGAUUCGGUGUACGAUCCCAUACUGAAUGGGAACACAACCAUACACGACAUUAUCGAGAUGACGACAUCCGGUUCGGGUUCGGCUGGCCUGCCUCUGCUGGUGCAGCGUUCCAUUGCACGUCAGGUGCAGCUGUGCCAUGUGAUCGGAAAGGGACGCUUCGGCGAGGUCUGGCGUGGACGCUGGCGCGGUGAGAACGUGGCGGUUAAGAUCUUCUCCAGUCGAGAGGAGUGCUCCUGGUUCCGCGAGGCGGAAAUCUAUCAGACCGUAAUGCUUCGGCACGAGAACAUUCUGGGCUUCAUAGCGGCGGACAACAAGGACAACGGAACCUGGACCCAGCUGUGGCUUGUUACCGAUUACCAUGAGAACGGAUCGCUCUUUGACUAUUUGACCACGCACACGGUGGACACCAACACCAUGCUGAACAUGUCGCUGAGCAUUGCCACGGGUCUGGCCCAUCUGCACAUGGAUAUUGUGGGCACGCGCGGCAAGCCGGCCAUUGCCCAUCGCGAUCUCAAGUCCAAGAACAUACUGGUCAAGUCGAACCUGAGCUGUGCCAUUGGCGAUUUGGGUCUGGCCGUGCGGCAUGUUGAAAAAGAUGACUCGGUGGACAUACCCUCGACGCAUCGUGUGGGCACUAAGCGAUACAUGGCACCCGAGGUGCUGGACGAGAGCAUGAAUGCCCAGCACUUUGAUUCGUACAAGCGGGCGGAUGUGUACGCCUUCGGCUUAAUACUCUGGGAGAUUGCACGUCGCUGCAACAUGGGCAUGAUCUACGAUGAGUACCAAUUGCCCUACUACGACGCCGUGCAGCCGGAUCCCAGCAUUGAGGAGAUGAAAAAGGUCGUGUGCAUUGAAAAGAGCCGCCCGAAUAUUCCGAAUCGCUGGCACGCCUCCGACGUGCUCCACAACAUGGCCAAGGUGAUGAAGGAGUGCUGGUACCCCAAUCCCGUGGCCCGCCUAACUGCGCUGCGCAUCAAAAAGACACUGGCCAGCAUUAGUGUGGAGGACAAGGUCAAGAACUGAUUGUGGGUCUAGUUUGGCGAGGAGGAUCGGAAGGAAGCGUACAUUAGUAACCUGUAACCUGGCCCCGUGUUACCUUAUAUGUCCUGGCAGCGCCUGCGAAGCAGUUCCAGAAAUACAAAGAAAUUUGUAAAUAUUAAGUGCUAACUCAUCCUUAACGUUUCCCACGCUUUGCUUUGUUAUUAGUUUCGCGUCCUGAACUAUUGUACAUAACCUUCGUUGACAUUUCCCCCGAGAUUCGCUCGUUUCCGGGCAGCGUGAGCAGGGCGGCGCACCAAAGGAAACUGCCGCACUGCCAUUAAAGCUACCAAUUAGGGCAUAGUUAUACGCCAUCAAGCAAACAUUUUAUAAAAACACUCUAUAUAUAUUUUUUAUAAAUCCUGUUCCAGUAAACGAAACGAAACGAUAAAUACAAAACGAGAAAUACA